CUGGGGGCGCGCGCAGCGCGAGGCCGGCGGCGGCUGAGAGCGCGGGUCGCGUGGCGCGGCGUGGUUGCUAGGGGCGCCUGAGGCCGCCCGCUCGACCCGCAGGCCGAGGGAGGAAGCAGCGCGGAGCCGGCGCCGAGCCCGGGCGAAGCUCGGUCUGGCUGGGGGCUGAUGCACGUGAGGAUGCAGGAGCUGCCGCUGGAGGUGCGCGGCGCCUCCCCCCAGCCGGGCCGUGCGGCCGUGCGGUCAUGAUGCGGGACCCUCAUGGCCUCCGCCGGAACCGAGCACUUCCGAAUCGGCCUCCGCCGGCAGAGCGGCUUCCAGCAGGGCGGGCCCCCCACGGCCCCCGAGAGAGCCGCUGAGGGCCCAGGCUGGGUUCAGGCCCACCAGCAGGUGAAGCCGAUCUGGAAGCUGGAGAAGAAGCACGUGGGGGCGCUGUGGGCAGGGCCGGGCCCUGGCCUCCUGGGGGUCACACCGCAGCCCGCCUACUUCUUCUGCCCCCGGACUCUGUGCCGGGCAGGGAGUGCUGCGGUCAUCAGUGGUGGCAGCAGCGGCGGCGGCGGCAGCAGCAGCAACAACGGUGGCGGUGGCGGUGGCGGCCGUGCCAGCUCGUGCUCCCUGCAGUCGCUGCCGGGCCUCUUCGGCAACAGCCUGCUGUACCGGCGCUCCAGCACGCGGCUCCGGCCCUACCAGCAGCUGGAGUCCUUCUGCCUGCGCUCCGUCCCGUCCGAGCGAAGACCCUUCUCCUUCCCACACGGUAGCCUUGCCGCCGGCCUCACUGCCAGGCAGGCCUCCUCGGCCUCGGCCUCCACCAUGGCCCUGCCACUGGCCCCCUCGCCCCCGGGGCCCUACCUCUCCCUGCAGGGGGCGGCCGGGGAGCACGCUGCGGCCAAGGGCCUGGUGGCCCCCACCACCGCGGGCAAGACCCCGGCGCCGCUCACCCCGCCGCCCGCCUACAAGCCCGUGCUCAACAACAACGCCUUCCUGCGACCAAGCAGCACCAAAGUGCCUUUGCUGCCGGCCCCCGAGACCCUGAAGCCGCUCGUGCCCGCCAAGAUCCAGCUGGUCUCCUGGCAUCCCCCCGGGGGCACCGGCGACUGUGCCAUCCAGCCCCUGGAGCCCAAGCUGCUCGGCAGCGGCGGCGGCGACGAUGAUGACGACGACGACGACGACGGCUCUGGCCCGCUCCCCGAGACCCUGCCAGCCCCCGAGGACCGCGCCCCCACUCCCCCGGCCCAGGCCAGGGACGUGCAGCUCACCGAGGCCGUGCGGAAGCUGACCGCCGGGGGCUUUGACCAGAGCCUCCGGGAGGGCAGCUGCGAACCCGAGCAGCCCAGGUUCCUGACGCCGAGCCUGCUGUGCGGCGGAAGCCCGUCGUGGAAGGCCCCCGGCGAGUUGCAGGAGACGGCCGCGGCCAACGGUGCCAGCGACACCCAGGUCUUCUGCACCAAGCGCAUCAGCAUCCACCUCCUUGCCUCCCACACUUCUGCUGCUGCUGCCGCCGCCACCAGCGGACUCAGCCCUGGCCCGUCCUGUGGGGCUGGGGCCAGUCCCCCACCCCUGCCCCUCGGAGAAGACCAAACUCUGGUCCUGCCUUCCCCACCUCAGCUGCUGCCCGACAUCACCGGCGUGACUGCGCACCUCUCCUCGGUCCACCUGGACCAGCCGGCGAAUCCGGGGCCCGCGGAAGGCAGGGAGCUGGACUCGCCUGCUGGCUCAGCCGCUGAUCUCCAGCUCACCCCGGUGGAGGGGGAAGACCUGGAGGAAGAGCUCGUGGAUGGCCUGGAGGAUUCCUGUAGCCAUGACGAGGAUGAAGAGGAGGGAGACUCGGACUGUUCCUCCUCCUCCACCGCGUCCCGUGGCGAGUCCCUCAUGGUGAUCUCUCGGAACUGCACGGAGAUUCUCGCCAAGUCCUUUCCCGGUGAGAAGGUGGUGCAGCCGGCUCUCGUCUACAGUCUCUUCCCCAAUGUGCCCCCCACCAUCUACUUUGGCACCCGGGACGAGAAAGUGGAGAAGCUUCCCUGGGAGCAGAGGAAGCUGCUGCGGUGGAAGAUGAGCACGGUGACCCCCAACAUCGUCAAGCAGACCAUCGGGCGGUCCCACUUCAAACUCAGCAAGCGGAGCGAUGAUUGGCUGGGCUGCUGGGGCCACCAUAUGAAGUCGCCCAGCUUCCGGACCAUCCGAGAGUACCAGAAGCUCAACCACUUCCCAGGCUCCUUCCAGAUCGGGCGGAAGGACCGGCUGUGGCGGAACCUGUCGCGCAUGCAGAGCCGCUUCGGGAAGAAGGAGUUCAGCUUCUUCCCGCAGUCCUUCAUCCUGCCGCAGGACGCCAAACUCCUGCGCAAGGCCUGGGAGAGCAGCAGCCGCCAGAAGUGGAUCGUCAAGCCACCAGCGUCGGCACGGGGCAUCGGCAUCCAGGUGAUCCACAAGUGGAGCCAGCUCCCCAAGCGUCGACCCCUGCUGGUGCAGAGGUAUCUGCACAAGCCCUACCUCAUCAGCGGCAGCAAGUUCGACCUGCGCAUCUACGUGUACGUCACCUGCUACGAUCCUCUGCGCAUUUACCUCUUCUCUGAUGGGCUCGUCCGCUUCGCCAGUUGCAAGUACUCCUCUUCCAUGAAGAGCCUGGGCAACAAGUUCAUGCACCUGACCAACUACAGCGUCAAUAAGAAGAACGCCGAGUACCAGUCCAACGAGGACGAGACUGCCUGCCAGGGCCACAAAUGGGCACUCAAGGCCUUAUGGAACUACCUGAGCCAGAAGGGCAUCAACAGUGAUGCCAUCUGGGAGAAGAUCAAGGAUGUCGUCGUCAAAACCAUCAUCUCGUCGGAGCCGUAUGUGACGAGCCUGCUGAAGAUGUACGUGCGGCGGCCCUACAGCUGCCACGAGCUCUUCGGCUUCGACAUCAUGCUGGACGAGAACCUCAAGCCUUGGGUCUUGGAAGUCAACAUUUCCCCCAGCCUCCACUCCAACUCGCCCCUGGACAUCAGCAUCAAGGGCCAGAUGAUCCGGGACCUGCUCAACCUGGCGGGCUUCGUGCUGCCCAGCACCGAGGAGCUUCUGUCCAGCAGCUCCAGCGGCUCCAGCAGCAGCUCUGGCCUCAGCCUCCCGGGCUCCAGGGAGAAGUGCCGAAUGACCCCCGAGCAGUUCGCCGCACAGAGGCUGAAGAAAGCGUAUUACCUGAACCAGAAAAUUCCCGAUCCGGACUUCUACGCCUCCGUGCUGGACGUCCUGACUCCGGACGACGUCCGCGUUCUGGUGGAGAUGGAGGACGAGUUUUCCCGGCGCGGGCAGUUUGAGCGGAUCUUCCCUUCCCGCAUCUCCUCCCGCUAUCUGCGCUUCUUCGAGCAGCCGCGCUACUUCAACAUUCUCACCACCCAGUGGGAGCAGAAGUACCAUGGCAACAAGCUCAAAGGCGUAGACCUGCUUCGCAGUUGGUGCUAUAAAGGGUACCACACGGGCGCCAUCUCGGACUCUGCCCCCAUGUGGUCCCUACCGGCAUCCAUCCUGACCGCCCCCAAAGGCGACUUGACGUACAGUCUCUUAUGCAGAUCUGAGGCCGGCAGACCAGGAAAACACAGCUCCUCCGGGGAACUCCUGCCACCCGCCGCCGAAGCGGGCGCCUCUCCCAAGCCCAGGAAGACGGAGGAGGCCAGCAGAGAGGCCGGCCCCCUGCUGCCCGACAUCCGCUUCUCCAGGCAGGCCACGCACUUCGCGUUCGUCCCUGCCUCGCAGCCCGGCGGCGACCGCCUCCUGGCCACGGCCAGCCCCUGACCGGCCCCCGGCCGCGCUCCCUGCCCGGGAGCCCCAGCGCUAGCUACCUCACGGGAGCGGCCGGCCGGCCGGCCAGCCAGCCAGAGCCUCGCCCCUCAGCCCGCCCCUCCGCAAGAGUAUUUUUUGGAAGCAGAGGAAGCGCAGAGGCGGGUCGCCAGAGGGGUGCCG